AUGGUCUGCGAGCCGGCGGACUUGUCCAACGCGGAGAUUUCAACACAGGUGUUGCAGAACGGCGCCGUGGUCGCGUCCUCCGACAGCCUCGGCCAGCUGAUAGCCGAGAUCGACCCGGGCACCUACGAGGUGAAGCUGCAGCCCAAGGCGCCCGCACCCUUCCUCGUGACGGUGGGCUUGGCCACGGAGUCGCGGCUCAAGGAGGACCCCGCCGCCGCGGGCAGAGCCCCUCGCUGCGGCCAUUGGCUGCCUUUCGGCAGCCCCUCCGCGGCCCUCGGCGGACUGGGCGCUCGCCGACUCCCGGCGCGCCUGCGCCGACGAGGUGCCCGCCCUCGCCGAGGGCAUGUCCUUCCCGCCGACCGGCUGGUCCAUCGGCCCCGUGGUGGUGCGCCUGUCGGAGCAUUUCCACGUGCGCGAGGGGGUCCUCUCCAAGAUCCCGAUCCAGGUGACCAGCCCGUCCAUUCUGUACAUCGAGCACACGGUCGGCGGCGAGCGGGCAGCACCACGGCCGCACUGCGGCCGCACGGCCGCCACGAUCGCGUCGGAGAAGUUGCCGCAGAAGGUGGAGGCCGGCGGGCUGCGGCGGGUCUUCGACGUGCAGUACCCCGACGGGGAGGCGCCCGCGGCGGGCUGGCCGCUGGUGCUCUCCUUCCACGGGCUCGCCGCCACCGCGGGGGAGAUGGCCGAGCACGACAGGCUGCGCAGCUACGGGAGGAGGUCCGCGGUGGUCGUGCACCCCGAGGGCUGGCCCAUGGGGCAGUACGGCCUGUGGCAGUCGUGGCACUCUGCGGGCAGUGCGGGGGCCAACGCGGACGGCGGCGAGGACGGGAGGACCUGCGAGCCAGACAGGGUCGACCGCAGGUGGAGCCAGACGGUGUGCUACCCCUCGUGCGAGCAGAAGGGCCACUGCAACAGCUCGACGGACUGGCCCGACCGAUGCAGGUGGAGCCACUGCGGCGACGACGUCGCGUUCGUCCUGCAGGUCUUGGAGGCCCUGGGAAAUCGGACGAGGGUGGACGCCACUCGGAUCUUCGCGACCGGCUACUCGAACGGAGGGAUGCUGGCGUACGAGCUCGCCUCGGACCCGCGGUCUGCCGGCGCCUUCUCUGCCAUCGCGCCCGUGUCCGCCCUGCCCCACAACGGCUUCAACAGGGGGACGCCCAACCGAAAAUGCGCUGCCUCAACAUCGAGGGCACGAGGGACGGCCAGGUCUAUCCGUUCGCGAACGUGCCGUCGCACCCCACGAGGUCCUACGGUGCGAACGGCGGGUUCUACUUCAGCAGCCUGGACAACACCAGCCGCCUGUGGGCCUUGCAGAAGGGCCUGCUGCCGUGGCAGCCCAUCAGGCCGCUGGCCGCCCGGCACGGCCUCCGGCUGGAGUGCCACGGCUGGAGCCGGGACGGCAGCGCGGAGCGGGCCGAGGACAACUCGCUUGGCCUUGGGACGCAGAGGGACCUUGGGAGUAUGACGUGGGUCGCUGGUUAUGUGACCCAAGGUCAUCUGAUUUGGAAUGAACGGGUGAUCAGCUACGAUGUGGCCAUCUCGCAGGAUCUCAGGGUCUUGCGCGCAGCCGACGAGGUGGCCCACUGCCUCUACGAGGGGCCGCACGCGGCGCCGCCGCCGAGCGCCAGCAGGCUCAUCUGGAAGUUCUUCGGGCUGGGCGACGGCCCGCCCCGCCGCGAGCUGUGUGGGCGAAACUGCCACCCGCCCAAGUUCAGUGUCCACUUCGAUCGGGAUCCGACGCGGCCCGAUGCCUGCAUCCUGGCGCAGUCGAUCUCCGACUCCGCGGGCGGCGCGAGCAAGUCGCUGGCCGAGGCUCUGCUGGGGGAGGGCUACGCCUACGCCUGCUCGCGCGACGGCAAGGACGCCAACGCCAUCUUCUGGGACCGCGGCCGUUGGGAGCUCGUCGAGUCUUCGCAGGUCGGCGCGGCCGUGGCGGUGGUCCUGCGCCCCUUCGAGGACCUCUCGGCGAGGCUCCGGGCCGUGUGCCUGCGCCCAGAUGUGCCCUGCCGCGGCGCGCCGUGCCUCCAGGGGCUCUUCGGCGGGGCGGGCGGGCGGCGGGGCCCGCUGGUGGCCUGCGCGGACCUGCAGCUGCUGGGCGGGGCCGAGUGCGCCUCGGUGGCGGAGGAGCUCGCCUACAUGUCCUCCGUGGCGCAAGAGGUCCUGGGCGAGGAGAUCCUCUGUCCGAUGCUGGCGCCGACGCCCUCUUCCGGAAUUCCGAAGCCGCUCCUCUCCAACUCGAGCGGCCUCAACAGGCUCUGCAGCCCAGAUGCCAUGCUGUUCGAGGGCAUGGCGCCGGUCGCGGUCCUCUCGGGGCACACGGAGGGGUACCUGGCGACCCUGCCCGCCGAGGAGGUCGUGCAGCAGUUCCCGGCCUGCCGCAUGCCCCUCGUGGCAGCCUACAAUCCGGCUGGCCGAGAGCCCCGCGUCGGCAGCCGGCCAGAAGGAGCUCUUCCGCAUCUGAGGGUGGCGCUGGUGAGUCCUUCGCUUGCCGCCGUGGGAGCGCACCAACUAGACGUCUACAGCGUUGGCGCCCUCCUGCGCACGUCGGUGUCUUCGCCUAGGACGCUCUGGGGUCUUUGCGCCUGAGGUGGGGCCGCUCCCGGCAAGGGCCGAGAGCCGACCGAUACCAAAAUUGCACUGUGUCGUCUCGGGGGCUGACGCUGGUGGCCUAGGCCUCCUAGAUGGGAUCCCAGCAGGUCGGAGGACCGCACCGCAUCGCGGUCUGGUCCGGCGAUGGGCGCUGGGACCCAGAUGGAAUAUGCGAUCCACAGUCAGGUGACUUAUGUUGGUAGUGGGCUU